AUGAAUUAGUAAGAAAAUGUGUUCUAAAGUGUUUCAACCAAAUCCAAAGAAUAUAAAGAAGAGUGUAGAUAACUAUUGGAACGAAUUGUGGCUCUGUAACUCAAAGUAUUUAAAGCUCCUGACUUAUAUGUAAAAGAAGUUUUAGGUGUUGUGGAACUAUAUAAACAAUAAUUUGAGUUAGUUAAAUAAAAUCCAGGUUAAAGUAAUGGUAAAUUUAGUAUUAUUGCUUAAUUUUUAUCGAAAGUGGCUGUAUAUUAUAAGACAGACUUAAAAUUUUACAUUGAAGAUUUAAUGGAACUUAUUAAUCAUUUCUAAAAUACAUUGAAUUAAGGUUUAAGAAAGAGAAUCAUAUUUUGUUUGUUGAGAUUAAGGGGAAAAAAUUUAAUUGAGCCUUUUCGAAUGAUAGUAUUUUUGAUGAAAUUGUUUAAUUGCUAAGAUAAGGAUUUAAGGAGAAUAAUCUUUAGAUUCAUUAUCAAAGACAUAAAAUAGUUUAAUAAGAAACAUCGAAAUGAAACAUUAAAUAAAUAAAUCUAAAAUUUUAUCAUUGAUUUAAUUAAGAAAUCGUAAGAGAAUAUUGCCAAAAGAGCAUUAUAAAUAAUGAUUGAAUUAUAUAAAAAAAAUAUUUGGAAAGACAACAAAUGUGUAAAUAUUAUUGCUUAGGGUUGUUUUAAUUAAAAUUACAAAAUUAAAUUAUUAGCUUGCUAUUUUUUAAUUGAAACUACAGAAAAUCAUGUCGAAAUUGAGUCAUCAGAGGAUGAGGCAGAUAAAUACAUCUAGAAAAAAGGAAAAAACAAAUGUGUGAAACCAACCAAAGCUAGAGAGCAUAGAGUAGAAAGAGAAAAAAAAAUGGCAGAUAAGAAACAAAGAAAGAAAUUGUCAAGAUUGAAUAGCAAUGGAGGAUUCUUUGCUUUAGAUCAAAUAUACUCCCCAUAAGAUUUUGCUGAAAGAUUAUUUGAUAACCUAAAAAAACAUGAUAGCGAAAGAUUCUCUGUUAAAUUGGCUAUGAUGCAUCUGAUAUCCAGAUUAAUUCAUAGGCAUAAAUUACUUUUAAUACCUUUUUAUACUUAUGUAUAAAAACAUUUAUAUCCAAAUAGUAAGGAUGUGCCAAAGUUGUUUGCUUAUCUAGCAGAAUCUAUACAUGAUUCAAUACCAAAGGAAGAUUUAUAACCAACAAUAAGACAUUUAAUUGAUCAAUUUGUAAAUGAUAGAUGUUAAGAAUUAACCUUAACUAUGGGUUUAAGAGGAAUUUAUGAAAUAUUAUAAAAGCAUCCAAAGAUUUUGGAUAAGGAAAACAUCACCUAUCUCAUUCAUUAUAUCAAAUAUAAAAAUAGAAAUGUCAGCUAAGCUGCAAGGUCUAUAUUGAAUCAUUUCAAAGAUACAAAUCCUUAAUUAUUAGAUAAAAGAUUGAGAGGCAAUAAAUGGAAGAGUACAGAAGAAUUGGACGGUGAAUUUGAUGACAAUUUUAUAUAAUAAAUAACAGUAGGUGUAGAUGGAGCAGAAUUAUUAUAAUAAGAAGAAGAGGAGAAGUUGAAUAAAAAAUUCGAUAUUCCUAUCUAUUGUGAUAGAAUAUUGACAGACGAUGACUUUAAAAGAAUUAGAGCAUUGAAAAGAAAGUAAGAAGCUGAAAUAGAAUAAGCUAAACUCUAAGAAAAAUAAUAAAGAAAUGAAUAUAUUGAAUAAGAAAAUGAAGAUGAUGAGGAUUUUAUCGAUGAUGAGGAAAAUGAUAAUGAUCUAGAUGAUAUUUCAGAGAUUAGUGGAGAUAGUGCAGAAAUUGAUGAUAAUGAGAAUGAAGAAUGGGAAGAUGAAAGUAUUGAAGAGGAAGAUGUUGAUGAUGAUGAUAUUAAACCUGAUAGCAAAAUCACAAAAGAAUAGAAUAAAAAAAGGAGACAAUCUUUAUCAGAUUUGGAAGAAGAUUCCGUAUAAGAGUAUUAUUCAGAUUAAAGCUAAAUGUCUGAUGAGAAUCCUCAUGGUUAUGUCAGAGAAGAAGAUAUAAUGAGAUAUAGAAAAACUAAAUCAGAAUAAAAACAUGAAAAAUUAGAAGAAUUGAAAAAUGGAACCAAAGAAAAAUGGUAUCAAGGUCCUAAUAAAAAAAAGUCUGAGUUUGCAUCAACCUCAAAUAAAGAAAAAUAAAAGAAUAAACCAUUAUAAAUGAUGAGAGCUAAGAAAGUUGAGUAAAAGAAUAAAGAAUCAAGAAUUAAAAGCAAAAUUAAAGAUUUAAAAAAUAAACUAGGGCAUGUUAGAAGUGGAAAAUAAGCUCAAAGGUUAAAGAAAUAGAAAAUUAAGUGA